GACAGAAAGUCAAGUGCUUCUAGGGUUGAUCCUGCAAACAACAGUCCUCAGCUCAGCCUACUCCACUGUGGAAUGAAGUCUCGCUGUGGCAGAUCACCCCUGGAUCUGAGAUGAAAAGCUGCUGAUCGUCAAGACGGUGUUGACUGAAAGGUCAGGGUGCUUCUCAUCAUUAGUGUGUCACCGUAGGAGCAAUCUAAAGUGAAUAAAUCAGUCAUCAUGGAAGAUGGAAACUUGACCUCUGACUGCUCCAUCAGCAUGUUCAAACACAGAGUCUACCCACCCGUAUACCUAGUCAUCUUCCUCCUCGGCCUCACCUUCAACCUCGUCUCCCUCUGCUUCUUCGUCAGUAUCUGGAGGAGUAAGAAAAAGUUUACUCCCGUCAACCUGUACAUGGUCAACCUGCUGGUGUCAGACUUGAUGCUGGUGUGCUCCCUGCCACUCCGGGCCUUCUACUACUACAUGGAAUCUAGCUGGGUGUUUGGAGACAUCGCCUGUCGCGUUAUGUCCUACAUCUUCUACAUCAACAUGUACGGGAGCAUCUACUUCCUCACGGUGCUGAGUGUGGUUCGUUUUGUGGCAAUCACCCAGCCGUACAAGUAUAUGAGCAUGCAGAAUAGGCGUAAUUCCUGGCUGGUGUGUAUUUUGGUCUGGCUGCUGGUGUCGCUAGCCUCCAUCCCUAUGCUGACUUCAGGGACCGUCAUAGAUGCUUAUGGUAGAACCAGGUGCUUGGAGCUUAAUCCAGAAUACAAACUCAUUCACAUCCGCACACUGAUCAUAGCCAACCAUGCCACCUUACUUCUGGGCUUCAUCGUGCCCUUUGCAGUGAUCUCUAUCUGUUACAUAUUUGUGGUGCGUAGCCUGCUGAAGCUGAGGAAGGCUGAAGGAAGGCCGAAAUCCCAAUACAAGAAGUCCAUGUCCCUGGUUGUAAUAGUCCUUAGCAUCUUCCUAGUGUGUUUCCUACCCUACCACGUCAUGCGGACUGUUUUCCUGGAAGCUGAGAUGCAGGUGAGGGAUAAAGGGUAUGGAGGUUCCUGUCGGUACAUAGAGCGUGUACGCAAAGCAGCUGUGAUCACUUUGUGUCUGGCAGCGAUGAACAGCUGCUUGGACCCACUUCUUUAUUUCUUCGUUGGAGAGAACUUCAGGCUUUUCUGUCAGGGUGCUUACAAAGAGACGGAGGCAAAGUCACUGGCUAAGACAGAGGGAAAGAGGAAGGGUCUGACAUCAGAACUACAGGAAGGACCGCGUUUGACAUCAGAGCUACAGGAAGGAACACGUCUGACAUCAGAGCUACAGGAAGGAACACGUCUGACAUCAGAGCUACAGGAAGGAACACGUCUGACAUCAGAGCUACAGGAAGGAACACGUCUGACAUCAGAGCUACAGGAAGGAACACGUCCGACAACAGAGCUACAGGAACUAAACGCUCCAAACAGCUCCAGACCUGAUAGUUAGCCUGGGACAGGUUGGAAGUGAAAUAUGACUAUAUUUGAUGGCUUUGAGAAGAAACUCUAGAGAUGGUUCAUUUCUGCUGACAACCCUAGAAGACAAUAUACAGCGAGGUAUAUCAAUACAAAUUAUGUGUCCCACUGUGUGUGUAUCCAGUCCCCUCCUCAUGAAUUUUUUUAAAAUCUAAUUGUUGUAGGCCUAACAGGUUUACUAUCAGAAUAUUCUGUGACUUGUCCAAGCCUGAUCCGUUGCAAUAUAUAACAUUUACCUUAGUCAUGUUCAAACAGCAACUUCUGGAGAAAUCAGACACACCCACCAUUGGCAGGGUACAGACCGACAGGAUUGGACAGCUCUGUAGGUUCUGAAUGGAAAGCACCAAUCUGCAUGAAUGAGUGAUAAAGUAGAGGUCACAUCAAACAAAAACUUUAUUUGUCGCAUGCGCCGAAUACAACAAGUGUUGACCUUACCGUGACGUGCUGACUGACCAGCCCUCUUCUUGAGCUGUAAUGUUGGUUAAGAAAAUAUUUAUCAAGUCGACUAAAAUAAACAAAGUUAUAAUAAAAAGUAACACAAAAAUAAUGACAAUAACGAGGUUAUAUACAGGGGGCACCGGUACAGAGUCAAUAUGGAGGCUAUAUACAGGGUGUUACGGUACAGAGUCAGUGUGGAGGCUAUAUAAAGGGGGUACCGGUACAGAGUCAAUGUGGAGGCUAUAUACAGGGUGUUACGGUACAGAGUCAGUGUGGAGGC